AUUGUUGACUUUGCUCGCAACGGAAUUUCGCGGAUAAGUUAUUAUAAUAUGAUGCUAUAUAAAUUAGGGAUUUUGAAAAAUAAAUAACAAGAAUUGGAAAACUCAUAACAUCGGGGCAUGGCGAUGCCGGUGGAGAUGGAGAUGGAGGAGAGAGGAAAAGUCUGGGCUUUGAUAGAAAAAGCCACGAACUCGACUGCCUCCGAGGUUGAUCCACGUCUUCUCAAAGCAAUCAAAUCAGUGGUGCGGUUCUCCGAUUCGGAGCUACGACUCGCCGCCCAUACCCUCAUGGACCUCAUGAAACGCGAUCAUUCCCAGGUUCGUUAUCUCACGCUUCUUAUAAUUGAUGAACUUUUCAUGCGGUCUAGGCUUUUUAGAACCCUUUUGGUUGAGAACUUAGAUCAGUUAUUGGCCUUAAGUGUUGGGUUUAGAAGAAAUAUGCCGCUCCCAGCUCCUCCGGCUAUUGCAUCAACUUUGCGUUCCAAGGCAAUUGAGUUCUUAGAGAAGUGGAAUGCAUCUUUUGGGGUUCAUUACAGGCAGCUUAGGUUAGGUUUUGAUUAUCUUAAGAAUACUCUCAGGUUUCAGUUUCCUAACCUUCAGGAGACUGCAGCAAGGAUAGAACGAGAGAGGAGGGAAAGAGAGAGAAGGACUAGGGAGAUUUUACAGAGCAAGUUUGAAACGCUGAAGAUGAAUUUUAGUUCUGUUAAGGAAGAAAUACAGGCUACAGUUGAUGAGAUUGGAGAAUGUUUAGAUAUUGUUCGCACUAAAGAGGAAGGCGUGCCACACGUCUUAUUGGAUGACGAAGAUUUUGUAGAGUUUCGGUCUUCUGAGUUGAGGCAGAUCCGUCUUGAUUCAUUAAAGGAAGGAGAAAAGGUUCAUGAGAACAGCGAUAACAAAGUGGUUUUCGAUGCAUUAAGAGAGCUGUAUAAGCUUUUAGUAACCAAGCACCUGGUUUCAGUACAAGAAUGGAUAUCUCUUCUUGUAAGGGUUGAAGUGGCUGACAACAGGUCACGAGAUUCCAUGUUGAAGGAGUUGAUUGAUAUCCGAAACAGUCUCAUAUCUGUGAAGAAGGAUUGUGAAGAAUCUGGUUGUACUUUACCCAAAACUGUGAAUAAAAACGAAGAAGAGGAGGAAGACUUCUGGGAGGAAGGUAAUUUGGGAUUGACUGAGAAUGGAAGUACUACUGAACCUGAGAAGCGAAGGGAGGUUCAAAGUUCCAACAUUGAAAAGAGAAGUAAAUCUGUUGAGGAUAGGAAUUCUAAGAAGUCUAAUAAACAGAGUGGAAAUCUUGCUAAAGUGUCAGCUUCUUGCAAGGUGAAAGCCAAAGAUAAAGAAUGCAGUUGUUCUAAGGGCAAAGAGUGUUCGGGUAGUGAAAAGUCUGUUAGGAGUGAGCUUUUGGCUGAAGCUCCAGUUCUCAGGUGGGGUUCUUUCAUGGAUUAUUGGGGCUCAGUCUCUAAUAAGGAUACAUUAUUAAAUCAGAAAGGCUUGGAGUUUGACAAUCACUGGGGAAGAGUAGAUUAUGAUGCCGUGAUUCCAGCCGAGAAAAUUGCAGAAUUGAAUCUUCAGUCGAUUGUUUACCAGGAAAACUUAGGAGAGAUCCAACCAUGUCGUGCACCUUUGAAAAAAGGUGGACUUUGUCAGAGAAGAGACUUGAAGGUUUGCCCAUUUCAUGGGCCCAUUAUACCUCGUGAUGAUGCAGGAAACCAAAUCAAUCAGAGUUCUUCAACAGAUGAUACAGAUCCUGGUUUAGGCUCUGAUUUAGCAGAGCAGUUAGCAAAACAAGCUGUGAAGAAUGUUAGGGAGCGAGAUAAAGAGGAUGCGAGGAAGAGAAAACUUGAUAAACAGUCAUUACAGCGGGAAAAGCUAGCAAGAGUUCGGGAGCACAAUGAUGCUGUUCUUCGUGAUGCUGCAAUAGCUUCAACAUCAAGAUCAACAGUUUUUGGAGAAGACAUGGGGGAAACUGUUGGUGAGAAUCCAGUUGGGAGAAACAAACAAACUCUAGCAUCAAUGCUGCGGAAGAAAGUUACAACGAAAGAUAGGUUAGCUCAGAGACUUUUGAACACCCGGGCAACAGAGGCAACGCUAAGACAGAUGACCCAGGGUGAGGAUGCAACUUAUAGAGAAACAUUUCCCAAUCAAUGGUAGAUGGGUUUCCUUAUUAUUAAGUUAUCGGGCAUUUCUUGAAGUGUUACGCCGAUAAAUCCAUAGGGAAGUACUGGGCAAACAAAUUCCAAUGGUGUUCCUGUGCUUAUAUAAUGCACAAACCGAUCAAAUAUUAAUUGCAUUAAUCAAGCUAUUUCGAUCAAAUUCCUCUAUGAGCUUGAGGAGUCUAGUUGUGUCGUUUUCAAUCAGUCAUGAUAGCAUUUAAGCAAUAGACCUCAUAUUUUAAGUUUUGUGAUAUUCACGUGUUUGUUUUGUUAAUUCUUGGAAUAUAAAUAAAGAGCUAGAAUGUUAGAUCGGUUUUCUAUGCAAUAAA